AUGGGCACUCCACACAACGAGAAAUCAGUUCAUUCUAGUAACUUCGAAUGUGUCAGUCAAUUCACUCCUCAGUUAAAAAAUAGAAAUGGAAUGGAGUGCCCAGUUGGUUACGGCGUAAGUGAUGGUGUGUGUUUUUCCUGCAAGGGUAAAAAAGACGAGGGCAAUUUUCCCAGUGUUUUUUGCGCCACUAUGGAGGAGAAGGCUCUGCACUGCUGCGUAAACUCUGUGAAGUAUGCCAAAUGUGGGAAAAUUGCCAAUUGUAUGAAGUGUGCCAAUUGUGUGACGUGUACCAAUUGUGUGAAGUCAAAUGAGGAGAAGCAACAUUUUGUGGGCAUCCCCCAUGGGGGGAUCCGUACUCAGGGUGGAUUCCAUGGAAAGGGCGCAAAACUUCCCCCUAAGAACUGCACAGACAUCCCGCCCAAUAGGAGCAGCGAAAUGAAUUUUCCACAUCCUCACGAAUUGAACGACAAUUCAGGCAGGGCGGAGCGCAUGCUAGGUGUCUCCCUACACACAUUCUCCGAGACAAUCCGUGGGAGGAAUGUUUCCAGGAUAAUUAGCAAGAGGGAAGAAGUGGAAUGUUCCAGUGAUGCGCCUCACCAAUUUGAUAGGCCUUUCUUCUGUGAUUCCCUGCAUCACUGUGGGGAUGCUGACGGGGGAGGGGAGAAUAAUCCCCUCAAGUUGUGCAAGAGCAGGAGUAAGCAUCACACGGACUGGUGCCCCCUGAACGGCGGUAUGCAUAUGGGGGAGGUGGUAACACAGAGAAGUGCGUGUGGGGGGCUGGAAAAUAAGUCCAGUUUAAUAGGUGGAGGAAGAUUACCUAGUAAGUGCAGCUUAACAGGUGCAGACGGGUUGGACCGUUUCGCGGGGAGGAUCUGCCGGAUCACCCCAGACGAAACGACACGAGGUGAAAGAAGUUUGAAGCACCAGUAUGGGUGUCAGGGCAGAAUUCAUAACGUUGCCAGAUCGCUGAGUGAGGUACUUAUAGAAAAUGCUGGCGAAGUGGAAAAGGGAGAGGUCCCUGGGGAGGGGAAACCCACGGAAGAUUUAUACUUCACCACAAGGGAGCAAAUGGAGCAGAAUAGACAAAACGGUGGAAAGAAUCUGGUGGCAUAUAAUUGCCCUGCCGAAGUGAAUACAUAUAGGGAGGAUGCCCCUGUGUUGGAUAAGCACGAGGAAGACAUGCAUGAGAUGAGUACUCGGGGGGAGGAGGACAUCCGAGAUGUGUACAUAACGCACGAUGCAGGGGGAGGUGAGGAUGUUGUAUGUUCCUUCCGCAGUGACGAUGUGAAGAAGGGGAAGUCGUCAAGGCAUGAGUCCUUCACUAGUGAAGUGAGUUUCGAAAAGGGAGGCGGAGGAAAGGGGGGAGAUUCCGCCGACGAGAUAGUCCAAGGGGCGUAUAAUAUGUCAUCUAAUGUGGCGUAUAACCUGGCCUAUAAUGAGAGGCGUAACCCCGAAUUAACUGACGACAGAAGGAAGGUAAAGGAUCCAGGAAAGAGUUGUGAGGAGGAUCUAGGAAUGAAGUGCAUAAUGCAGUUGCUAAGGGUGUUGGAGAGGGAACGGAGGAGGAUCGCGAGAGGUGGAGAAAAAGAAGGGGAGGUGAUAAAGAAGGGAAGAAGAGGCACGCAUGAAAGGGCAAAAGAUGACGCUCGGAUGUAUUUUGCAAAAUAUGUAGAUCGAAUAUUUAGCCGUGAAGAGGAAGUGGAGAAUGGACACAUAAGAGGAGAACCAAUUGAAGGGAGAAGUGAAAAAAUAAUCGAUACGAAUGAAGGACGAAGCGGAGGAGGGGCGGAGAAGUGGUGUGCCACCCUGCUAGACAGGAUGGAAGACCAUCUGGGAGCCCUGGACAUUUCACUUAACGAAAUUUUGCAGCUGAACAAAGUGAAAAAGAUAUUCUGGUACCUAUAUAUGAAGUUUAAACUGGCGGAUAGCAUCACGAUCGAGAAAUUUUGCGAGCUGCUCAAGGAGAAAAUAAACGAGGAAAUGAGUAAAAAUUAUUUUAAAGAAUACGUCAUGUGGAGAAACUUCCACUCAUUUUGCAGAUACAAUGUUGGGAACUUCGACUAUAAAAUGGUGAUUUUGCAAAACUUAUUUUGCCUGUUAAAAUCAUACCCUCUGGAUUAUGAGGAGAAUAAAGGAUGCUUCUACAUGCUGAAUCCGCAGAGGAAUAAAAUGAAGCAAAGUUCAAGUCUACAUGGAGAGAAAAACGAAAACGUACAUUUGGUGAAGAAUAAAAUGAAUUAUCUCAAAUUGACCAGAGAAGUUAAUAUACAUUUUAAAAAUAAUUUUUUUUUUCUGGACAAAAUUUUCAUUCCCAAGGAUGCUUUUUUCUUCGUAAAAAAUAUUGAAGAAAUCGGGUUGAAGGAUGAGUCAAGUAAAACUCUGUAUGUGCACCAGGCUUUGGUACAAGAUUUAAAGGAAGACUCAGAGGAGAAAAAUACAUUCGAUGGAUUCUAUGAGGGUAGGCCGCCGCACCAGUCAGAUUAUUAUAGGUAUGUACGGAAAAAAAAGGUACAGAGCAAAAUGAGGAAGAUGAAGGAGUUCAUUUUGUACUAUUAUGACUUUCCCUCAGUGCAGCAUUUUUUUGAGGCACUCCUCGAAUUUGAGCGAGAGUAUAAGAAGGCGCACAGGGGGUGCAGUUCACUGAACGAGAGAGUUGUCGAAAAGGAGGCCACUCACAUGCUCGAAGUGACUGCCAAGUUGUACGCUAAGUAUGGAAAGAGACCUUGUAUGAACAGGUGGAGUGAUGCACACGAAGGGGCAAUUCCCCCCCGCUGCUGCAACUCCCCUUUGAAGUUCUCUCCCCUGGAAGGAGAAGAAGUGGAUUGGGAGAAAAAGACAGGCCAGGUGAACAGCAUGGUAAAGACGGGAAAAUCGAAUCGGCAUCUCCGAGAGAACUUCCCAGACAAGGAGAGGAGGCAACACUCAGAGUGUAUCUACGAAGAGGAAGUAAAGGGUGAUAUCGGCGCUACGUUUGCGAAGUGGAAGGAGGAGGAUCAUCAGGAUGAGCUAAAAGCGGAUUCGCUAAAAAUGGACUCGCUAGAAACGGACUUCCUAGGAACGAACUCGCUAAAAAUCACUGUGCCGAGGGAAGAAGCCGGAACUGACGUAUUCCCAUGUGAAGGUGCUCCUCACUGCAGUGGAGAAGCCGAACCAUACUGGGUAAGCGAAACCAUCGAGGAGGUAUCCUCGACGUACGAAAAUUUCUUCAACACAGUUGACGCGGCAAAGAAGGUGAAAGAAAUAAAUUUAAGGACGCUAAAAUUAUUUACAGAAAAUAUGAGCAAAGUGAAAGGGUACCCAAAUUUCACCUCCGUUGAUGAAGUGUUCUGGGGCAUCUGCUUUUCUGACCCAGAUUUGCCUAAACAUAUACUUUGUGAGAAGAAAAUAUUUCCCAAAAAUGUGAGCUUUAAUGGUUUCAUGAGGAGCAUGAGGUAUGUCCCUUAUGUCAUUCCCGAUUUCCCCGUGCCGAGUAGACAUUUUAUUUCAUUGUAUCAAAGUGAAAAAGCUAAUGAGGUGUUCAAUUCGAGAAAUGCCUUCUUAAAUUUGUUGAAGUAUCAAGGGAAGAAUGUUGAGAUGGUUCUACUGAGAAAUAAAAUAAUCUAUGACAUUAUUAAAUUGUUCGUUUUUCUGUCAUCCAAUUUGGGGGUUGAGACAGGAAAAUAUGGGAAAGCUGCGGGGGUGCCACAUGGUGACACGACUCCCAUGGUGGAUUCCUCUUAUUACAUCAACUACAAGUGCUAUUUGAGAAAGGGAAGGGAAUGUGCUGCCAAUCGCGGUGAAUAUGACGACACGUCCAGCAGCUCCUCCUUGGAUUAUAUUCCCAGCAGCUUGGAUGAUGAGAUGGGGGAUGAAAACUGGGGAGCGUUCUCAAAAGGGAAGAAGAAAAGUGAAAGGGAAGGAAAAGUGCCCCGACAAGGUAACCAUAUAACCCAUUCGUCGUCGGAAUAUGCGAGUCUUAAGAAGGACAAAAAGGAAGAACCAUACAGUACGAGCAAACCGAGGAAACCGAGCAGACACACUGAUGAGGGAAAUCCAAAUUCAGUGGAAGAACUACUAAUGAGGAAAAAUAAAAAAAUGUCCUACAAAUAUGUACCCAAGUGGCACAUGUCAAAUGAUAUGUUUCUGUCUCGACUGGUAUCGUUUGAUGAAAUUCAGAUUUCUUUGGAGAAAAUAUAUCCACUGUUCAUGAUUCAGACGGCGCUAAUUUAUAUGAUUCACAUUUCGUGUUGUACGUUAGAGGAGCAUGAGUGGAGGUACUUCUUCGAGGGUCCCUUUACUCUGUACAAUAGCUUAACCCCCGAGGAGGUGGCCAUGAGGUAUAUAAAAUUAAAGGGGGGUCAUUUUUUCCGACUGAGCAAUAUCAAGUGGAACAAAAAUAUAAACCUACAUGAGGUUUUCAUGACCAUACCAGAGAAUAUGCAAUGUGCCGAAAUUUACAGACUAGCUAUAAAUGGGGAGAGCACGUCCACGGGCUACUCCGCUGAGCCCUUCGAUAUAUAUCAUCUCAUGUUUGUUUCGCGGGUGUUUUGGUACAUUUUUUUGUACUCCGACAACUUCCUGCUUUUGCGAUCAUCCCUAUUUUUGGACGCCCCUGGGUAG